AUGAUGAUGCUUAAUAACUCAAAUAUCAAUACUGCAAUUACCUAUCCAAUGCCACCUUGUAAUGCUGCACUCACUACUGCCGCUACCCUUCCUGCUCAAGGUUAUAACGUAUUAGGCCAACCUUGUCAUGGUCCUGCUAUUUUUAUAUCAUCAGCAAUGCCAUUUGCUCAAGUUGGUGUGCCUCAAACAACUGGCACAACUUCAGCUGGUGCUACUGCCCCUGCCGCUGCCACUAUCCCUCCUAAUAAUAUCCAGAGUUUUCCAGCUAUGAAUUUGAGUGUUUCUGGAUCUUUGACUAAUUCUAAUACCCAACUGCCAUCUAUUCAGAGUAUGCUAAAUUCAAAUUUAGAAAGUACUACAGGUACUGAUGCUGCUCCUGCACCUCUAACAAAUGCAUCUGCUAAUUAUUUGUCAACACCAAGCACUACCACUAAGAGAUCGUCCGUCGCUUCUUCUGCAACUACAAGUUCUAUCGUGCUACCUCCACUUGGCUUUACAAAUUCGCCUACUCAAACUCCUGUCACAACACCUGUUCCCAUAUGUACCUCCAUUCCUUCUUCUAGCCCUGCAAUUAAAAACUGUACUCAUGGCGCUAUACCUGUAUCAAACAUUGAUCAACAACAUCAGUUACCACAUCUUUCCACUCAAUUUAGACCAUGUGAACUCAAUACAAUGAACAAUUCUGCAUCUUCAAAUAGUUUCUCUUCUUUAAUAUUCAAGGAUAAUAAUUUAGGUCAAAAGAUAAUGACUAAUCCAGUCUCUGUAAAUAGUUCUAUCACUAAACAACAAGCAAUGAAAAACUUUUCGUUUGUACCCCAAUCCAACGAUUACCACAUUGCUAAGAAUGGUACCAUAAUGAAGAAGUCUGGCAUACAGUCCAAAUCUAUAGUAGAGAGACCUUCAACUGUGUCUCCAGUUGACAAUACUGAUAACAAUAGCCAAACAACUUCUCGUAGAAGAAGAAGAACCACUAAGGAACAAAGACAAAUAUUGAAGGAAGCGUUCAGAAAAAACAAAGCGCCUUCGAAAGAGGAAAGACUGUCAUUAGCACAACAGUGUAAUAUGUCUGAAAAGGCUAUUCAAGUUUGGUUCCAAAAUCAAAGACAAUAUAUGAGAAGAGAACAAAAUUUGAGAGCCUUACAGUUUUUCCAGAUAAUCAGUUGA